ACUCAAGUUUGAUGAAAGAUCUCUCUCUCUCUCUCUCUACUAAAAGUCUCUCGUUUGUUUCACUCUCUCUCUCUCUCUCUCUGAAGCUUUAUAGCCGGCGAGAUCUAGCCGGAGAAUGGCAUACAUGUGCACUGAUAGUGGAAACCUAAUGGCUAUAGCUCAACAACUCAUCAAACAGAAGCAGCAACAAGAAGAAGAGCAGCAACAAGACCAACAAAAUCAAUCCUUUGGUUUCUCCGACCCGUUCCAAGUAUCCAACGACCCGGGUUUCCACUUCCCACACUUGGAGCAUCAUCGAAACACCUCCGACGGGUUCAUGUUUUCUGACGGUGGAGAGUUUGACUCUGACGAGUGGAUAGAGACCUUAAUCAACGGUGGAGAUUCGCUUCAAACCAACCCGGACUUCUCAAUCUACGGCCACGAUUCAUUCUUCACAUUCCCGGGUCGACUCAGUGCUCCUUCAAAGGAUAAUGACUCAGCGAGUCAACAACUCUCCCAACCACCAGAUUCCGCCGCUAUGUGGACUCCAUCUCCGCCAUCACCUCAACAUCAUCAUUCUCCUCCUCCGCCGCCGCAGGAUUUUGACCUAAACCAACCGAUUUUAAAAGCUAUUUACGACUACGCACGUAAACCGGGAACUAAACCGGAAGCACUAAUCCAAAUCCGGGAAUCCGUAUCAGAGUUGGGUAACCCGAUAGAGCGAGUCGGGUUUUACUUCGCAGAAGCUCUGUCUCAUAAAGAAACAGAACCAUCUCCGGCGGCGUCGUCGUCGUCGCUAGAAGAGUUCAUACUCUCUUACAAAACCUUGAGCGACGCAUGCCCUUACUCAAAGUUCGCUCAUUUAACAGCGAAUCAAGCGAUUCUCGAAGCUACGAGCCAAUCUCAAAACAUUCACAUCGUCGAUUUCGGGAUUUUUCAAGGGAUCCAGUGGUCUGCUCUGUUACAAGCUUUAGCGACCCGAGCUUCUGGUAAACCCAUCCGGAUCCGGAUUUCGGGUAUACCCGCUCCGUCUCUAGGAGACUCACCGGAGCCGUCUCUGAUCGCUACUGGAAACCGUCUCCGUGAUUUCGCGGCGAUUUUGGAUCUCAAUUUCGAGUUUAACCCGGUUCUCACUCCGAUUCAGUUACUAACCGAGUCGAGUUUUCGGGUUGACCCGGAUGAGGUUUUGGUUGUAAAUUUCAUGCUUGAGCUGUACAAGCUUCUUGAUGAGACGGCGACGGGUGUUGGUACGGCUCUCCGGCUAGCCAGAUCGCUAAACCCGAGGAUUGUAACGCUUGGUGAAUACGAAGUUAGUUUAAACCGGGUUGAGUUUUCUAAUCGGGUUAAGAACUCUCUCCGGUUCUAUUCCGCGGUUUUCGAGUCGCUUGAACCGAAUUUGGAGCGUGAUUCCAAAGAAAGGUCGAGGGUUGAGAGAGUGUUGUUCGGUAGGAGGAUAUCAGAGUUGGUACGUAUGGAUAAUGGGCUAAUGGAGGAGAAAGAACAGUGGAGAGUGUUGAUGGAAAAAGCAGGUUUCGAGCCGGUUAAACCGAGCAAUUACGCGGUUAGCCAAGCGAAGCUGUUACUAUGGAACUAUAACUACAGCACAUUGUACUCACUUGUUGAAUCGGAGCCAGGGUUCAUCUCCUUGGCUUGGAACAAUGUACCUCUCCUCACUGUUUCCUCUUGGCGUUGACCCGACGCCGGUCCAAUCAGUCUGAUCCGACUUGGUCCGCAGGUUACUUUAGUUUUCUUCCUAUUGUUGGUAAGUUGAUAUAGUCUUUUGAGUUAGAUUUUCAAAAUUGUAUCAUUUGGGGGAAUAUAUAUUUGGGAUUUUCUCUGAAGUAGUGAAGUUUAUUGAAAGUGGUUUUUUGAUUUGGCUGUAUAAUGAUAUUAGUCUCUAAGCUAGUACUAUUUGUGGCUACUCUUUUGAACUAGUGCUUUUGAAGUAAUGUUAUAUUGUGUGCGCAACAUUUGAUUAGACUCCUUUGGUUUAAACGAAAGAAGCUUAAAUAUAUUGAUUUUGAAGUUGGAGUA